AUGAAUGGAGAAAGCACAACUCGGCCCCGUCUCGCUGCUUUUGCUCCAACCGACUGUCAUACCUGCCUAUCGAGGAAUCGGAGAUGUGAGAGGCAGCGGCCCUACUGCUCGACAUGUCUAGACAAAGGCCUCAAGUGCGGCGGCUAUGCCACCGCCCUUUCAUGGCAUGAAUGCAGGACAUACUCUAGCAACGAACCACGAUUGCACCAUCAGCAAAGGCGUGAGCAGAUGCUCGAGCAGAGGCUGGCUUCGCAGAGUCAGCAAGAUCGCGCUAAUGUGAGUCCGAUCAUCUCCGCCACUGAGAAUGCACGUACUUUUCGCUUUGUUGGUCCACGCAGUCGCCGAGCGAAGAAAACGCGCAAGACAUCCAACUCACAGCAGACCCGCUCACCCAUUGCACAACAAAGCGUGCCUCCGGACACGGCGUGCGGAUUCACCACCACAGUCAAUGUCGAUUCGUUCCUGGGCAGCUUCCCUUCUGAGAACUACGAAGAAAAUGACCCUGGCGAUAUUGCAGUUCGAACCGUCCCAAUGAAAGGUACAUCACGACCGUGGACAUCAUUUGAGAUUGAGACCUGCCCAGUACCAGACCGUGACAGUGCCUUUGCUGAGGUCGCCGACCCUGGAACAGUAGCAGCAUUGUCACCUAGCAACUUAACAUUUGACCCGGACAAUUCUCUCGCUUUCGAGUGGCCAGAUCUGGGACCCGACGACGGUCAGGCAAUGCUCGAUAUUUUACCCAGCACGUUUUCGCUCUCAAACCACGUGGGCUGGCCCAAGCAGGAGGAGGUUCUCCUCAAAUACUACGACACAGUUUUAUGUGUUCUUCCUUUGACUUCAGACAUGGCCUUGAAUCCAUUCCGGAUAAAGGGAUUUGCGCCGGAAGACUCUCAGCUUCUCCUUCGCUCCGUCUCCGCACUUUCCUCACAACAUCAAGUCAACGUGGGCAACGUCCAGUCCUCAGAGGCGUCGGAGAAUCGCGCUCAAGCGUACAACAUGCUAAGCCGAACCCUGCAAAACCAGGAAUUGAGCAACAGCAGUUCCUGCGUUCUUGCGGCAAUCCUGAUCCUAAUGACUCUGGAUUGUACCAUAUCAGCGCUGGGCAACUGGUCGGACCAUAUCCGCAGAGCAGGGACCGUUUUUGAAGCUUGGGGCGGGCCUUCCUCGCUAAACACCCCUCGACUUCGUUCGCAGGCCAGCAUGCUCGUCUGGUGGGACGCAACAUUAGCGAUGAUCUCGCGGCAGGGCAUGAGACUUGGCUCCUCCUAUUUUCAACACCUAGUACGAACCGAGAAAGAGGAUGGGUGGUCCUUCUACGAAAUAACCGGCUGCCCCACCGAGCUUCUGGUCCAUCUUGUACGUCUUGCCGAGAUGGCCCGACAAAGGGAAAUAGCCGAAUCGAUGGAAUUCUUGACUUUUGAUAUAAAGCCGGUGCUAGAUAUCGAAAAGCAACUCUUGGACUGGAACCACGGCCUCGAGGACGAGCGGAUGCUGAUUCACCGGGAGAUCGUCAGCCUCGAAGACGAGAAUGAGAGUGUCGACACACAAAGUGCGGGCACUUCGGAGGCCGAUGACAAUGAGGAAGAUUAUCGCCGUCGACGAGAUGACCAUCAUUGCGCCGAAGCUUGGAGGUAUGCGUUGCUUCUCUACAUCCAGCGGGUGUUUCGGUGGGAUCGUCGAUCCCAUCGACGACCGCCGGCGAUCCUACCACUCACCUGCAAGGUCUUCGAGCACUCUCGCAACUGCCGGAAAACGUCCCAGGUGCAGAAACAGCUUCUUCUGCCGAUUUUCCUGGCCGGCGCGGAAGCACGAGAUAAAGACAUGCGGGAUACUGUGCGCGCUUACUGUGUCUGGUGGGGUGCACGGAGUCGCUACGGCAUGUUCUACAGCGUGUCCAGCCUGCUCGAGGAGUUCUGGACGGGAGUAUCAUCCAAGGAUGGGGAUCCGGUUUGGUGGGGAUCUUUCUUGGAUGCAAAGUCGAACUCGGAAAAAGUGGGUGACGUCGCUGCUAUGCAAUUUCUCUUUGGCUAG